UUUAAAUGUAGUUCUAGUGUGCCGAGAGUAUUUAAGGCUGUGUGAUAGCGUGUCUGCCUCGGCUUUUGUUGGUCCUUCGAAGUUCAAAUAAUUGUUUUAACCCCAUUGCCAGUUGUUGAAAGCUCUGAUUGUGUGUUGAUUAUUGUCGCCUUCCGUCUUUGGUGUACGGAAUAUUGCGGAAGGUUUGCAUGACCACCAUUGUAUUAGUGUAAGUGCAAUCGGCUUAUGUUGGGCUCAUUUGCUGCUAGAGUUUACGUUGAAAGUUUCGUUCGAGUGUUGUAAUGUUUCAACCAUUAUUCACUAGUUUUAUAUGCCUCUUACUUCAAUCAACUUUAUACAGUGGACCGGAGUAGCUAAAUCCAUUUGCUACGCACCAUUUCUACCAUACUAUGUUAAUUUUUCCUCUCCAAUAGUCGCGAGUAAUCUUGCGCAUGUGAUUCAUUUGUUGCGCCACUCUUCUAGAUACUCCACAAUUCGGUGUUGACUGCUGUUAACAGAUCUCGAGUCUUAUCUCCAGAUUUUGCCGCUGCAACAGUUGCUGCACCACCAGCACCAGCACCAGCACCAGCUAAAUCCUGCGCGCGGACACUAGUCCCCUUUAGUGACGACGAUGGACUCGCAAACGGAGGCUGAAAUGCCGUCGGCAGCGGUGACAGAUGAGCCGUUCCUCGGGCCGUUAGAUAUCAUCCUGCUGGUGAGCCUGGUUGCUGGAGCCGCUUGGUAUCUGCUGAGGUCGAAGAAGAAGGAUACCCAAGCUAGUCAAUUCAAAUCGUACUCUAUUCAACCGACGACGGUAAACACGAUGACGGUGGCGGAAAAUUCGUUCAUCAAGAAACUGCAAUCGUCGGGCCGCCGGCUGGUAGUUUUCUACGGUUCCCAAACGGGCACGGCCGAGGAGUUUGCUGGGCGCCUGGCGAAGGAAGGCAUACGGUAUCAGAUGAAGGGCAUGGUGGCCGAUCCAGAGGAGUGUAAUAUGGAAGAGCUGUUGCAGCUGAAAGAUAUCGAGAAAUCUUUGGCCGUGUUCUGCUUAGCGACGUACGGCGAAGGCGAUCCAACCGAUAAUUGCAUGGAAUUUUACGAUUGGAUCCAAAAUGACGACUUAGACCUUACUGGCUUAAACUACUCGGUGUUUGGUCUUGGUAACAAAACUUAUGAGCAUUAUAACAAAGUGGGAAUAUAUGUGGACAAGCGGCUGGAAGAACUUGGAGCCACGAGAGUCUUCGAACUAGGUUUGGGAGAUGAUGACGCAAACAUUGAGGACUAUUUCAUCACGUGGAAGGAAAAGUUUUGGCCAACCGUUUGCGAUUACUUUGGAAUCGAAAGCACCGGGGAGGAUGUGCUAAUGCGACAGUAUCGGCUACUGGAGCAACCGGACGUGAGCGGUGACCGUAUUUACACCGGCGAGGUUGCAAGGUUACACUCGCUCCAGACGCAACGGCCACCGUUCGAUGCAAAGAAUCCCUUCCUCGCUCCAAUCAAAGUUAACCGAGAGUUGCACAAAGCGGGCGGGCGCUCCUGCAUGCACAUCGAGUUUGAUAUCGAUGGGUCUAAAAUGCGAUACGAGGCGGGUGAUCACCUCGCGAUGUAUCCAGUGAAUGAUCUUGAUUUGGUGGAACGGUUAGGUAAACUGUGCAGCGCAAAUUUGGAUACUGUAUUCUCGCUCAUCAACACCGACACCGACAGCAGCAAGAAGCACCCAUUCCCUUGCCCAACCACUUAUCGUACCGCCCUUACGCACUACUUGGAAAUAACCGCUCUCCCGCGAACCCACAUUCUCAAGGAGCUGGCCGAGUACUGCAGUGAAGAAAAGGAUAAAGAGUUUCUGCGCUUCAUGUCGUCUACGGCAGUGGAUGGCAAAGCCAUGUACCAGGAGUGGAUUCAGGACAGCUGUAGAAAUGUUGUGCACGUGCUGGAGGAUAUUCCGUCGUGCCACCCUCCUAUCGAUCACGUGUGCGAGUUGCUGCCCAGGUUGCAGCCACGCUACUAUUCCAUUUCGUCAUCGUCCAAGAUCCACGCAACGACCGUUCAUGUUACUGCCGUGUUGGUGAAAUAUGAAACAAAGACCGGGCGAGUGAAUAAGGGUGUAGCAACCACAUUCCUUUCGGAGAAGCGUGCUGGCGACGGCGACAAUGCACCACGAGUGCCAAUUUUCAUCCGUAAAAGCCAGUUCCGGUUACCCGCGAAGCCGGAAACACCGGUAAUAAUGGUUGGUCCCGGCACCGGAAUAGCGCCGUUCCGUGGUUUUAUCCAAGAGCGCGAUUUCAACAAACAGGAAGGCAAGGAAAUCGGACAAACUAUACUAUACUUUGGCUGCAGGAAACGCUCGGAGGACUACAUUUAUGAAAAUGAAUUGGAAGAUUACGAGGCUCGUGGUAUCGUCAAGUUACGUGUUGCAUUUUCCCGAGAUCAGGAGAAGAAAGUUUACGUUACACACUUGCUGGAACAAGAUACAGAUCUCAUUUGGAAUGUAAUAGGAGAAAAUAAGGGGCACUUCUAUAUUUGCGGUGAUGCGAAAAACAUGGCAACUGACGUGCGCAAUAUAUUACUGAAAGUUAUUCGUACUAAGGGCGGAUUGAGCGAAUCGGAAGCACAACAGUACAUCAAAAAAAUGGAAGCGCAGAAACGAUAUUCUGCGGAUGUGUGGAGCUAAUCGCUAGGCCUUAAAUAAUUCCAAUGCUUCUAAUCUGCAUAAAAAAAAGACUUCCUUGACAAACAUCCCUAGUUUCAGAAUGCUACUCGUUCCGUUCAUAUUAGUUGUUUUCAGGUAAUUUUAUUAGGAGUUUUUACUGUUUUGUAUGGCAUAAUACGUGUCUCGAUAUUUUUUUACUUCUGUUGUGUAUCAUUUUAGAACAUUUUAUAACUUGAAUUUGUUUUUUUUUAUUUUCUGGUCGUUGAGCUUCAAAUAAGGAUGUAAUUGUGCUACCUAUAUUAUACUGUUUUCAGUUUCUUGGCUUGCACACGGGCACGCCAUGGUUUAAACGGUGAAGUCCAAGCGACUCACGGCGGCGCUAUUACACUGGUAUAAAGUUUCCGCAACAGGUUGCAAAUUUUUACGUACAAGGUUUUUAAUUUGUUUUCUUUUUCAUUCUUCCGAGCUACGUGACUGUUGGGGGACCUUUAUCUUAAAAUACGAUUUUGAGGGUAAACGAUAACAUUUUUUAUUCAUAUACAUAGAGCGCGCCACAAGUUAAGAAAUACUGUGCUAGGCCUAAUUGUGUGGAAGUGUUUCGGUAGCGUUGUUGCUCCAAAAGAGAAGAUAAUAAAAUAUGUACAAUCUUUACCUUA